UUGUCAGCUCUUUUCUUUAAUAAUAUUACAUAUAUAUAGAGAGAGAGAGAAGGAGAAAUUAUUACACUUUCCUUUCCACAUUGAUAAAUUUAAAAAAAAGAGGCGAUUUUUUUCUAUAAUAGGCAAAUGUUUUAAGCAUAUUUGUAAUUUCCAAUGGCCACAAACUUGCGAACAAAUCCACAACAUUUAUUUUCUUGUAUUUUAAAAUAUAUUUUAUAAAUUUAUUUUAGCAAAUAUACAUUUAAUUAACUGUGAUUUAUUCUUACCUGCUUUUAUUGCAAAAAAAAAGAAGAAAAGAAAACCACAAUUUUCUAUUCACAUAAUUUCUUUUUUCUUCAUUUCUUUGAGCCUGAAUCUUUGAACGUGACGUAAAAGAAGAAGAAAAAGAACACAAAUCUGUCCAUCAAAUGAGGAGAAGAAGAAGAAGAAGAAAAACAUAUUCUGUACAAUUAAAUAAAGGAAAAGAAAAAAGAAUUCUUUCUUUGUAACAUUCCGAAAUCACUUAAAGUAGCGUGAAAAGUAGUUGAGAAGAAAGAGAGAAAUUAUAAGCAAAUUUAACAUGAAAACAAGAAACGAGUCUUCUCUCACCAUGAAAAAAUACUAAAGAAAAAAUGAAUAUUUUUAGGGAAAAAUAAGCAAAAUAAUUGUGAAGUGGAAUGAAGGAAGGAGAAGAGGUGAAAAAAACGCUGAGAAACUGAUAUAUUUUGAAUAAAUUAGCAAUUUUAAUGUUGUUACGUGCUGUUGUGAAAGUUUAUUUGAACCAGAAGAUGGUGAAGAAGAAGAUGAGGAAAAACUAUUGACGAGAACAAUCUGAGAAAUGUAACAGAAAAGCAAAUUAACAAAAUACAAAAGAAGAGAAACAAUGAGUAACAUUUUUGCAUUAUUAUCGAAAAAUAUAUUUUUCUUUUUCCGUUUUUGUAAAGUCAGUGAACAAAACAACAGUUGAAGUUUUUUAGGUGGAAAAGAGAUGAGAAAAACGCAAGUUAAAAAAAGUAAUAAAGAUAGAUAAAAAAUAUUACUGUAAAACUUAUAACUAAAUAACACAUGAAUAGAAUAUUUAAAGUUUUUAAUUUUAAUAGAGUUACUAAAAAACAAGGAGAAGAAGAAAAAGAAAACUAUAGAGCAAAAGUAAGGCGCAGAUGAAAAAAAAAAUUCUACGAGAGGAAAAUUCAUUUCAAUCUGAGAGAAUUCUAGCAACACAAUUUUUUUCAAAAAAUAUGUUGUCUCCGGACGAGAUGAGAGGAGGAAUAACAAUAGCAAAGAGAAUCAAAAGCAGAAGAUGAGGAAGAAGAAUGACAAAUGGUGAGGAGAAAAUGUAAUUGUUGCGGAAAUUGAGCAUUUCUAUAUUGAUUUUCCACAUGCAAUUGUGUGCGAAAAGCCAUUUUGGAGUUGAAGUAAUUUUUUUGUGUGUAAAAGUGCACAUUUUUUGCUGAUAAAACUAAAAAAAAAUUGAAAAUGAUUUGAAAAAUAAUAUAUUGAGGAAACAUUUUUAAUACAUAUCCAUUGUGAGAAGAACAUGAGAAGAAAUUUCUAAAUUAAAUUAUUAAUUUAUUGUGUGUAUAACAGAGAAUUGGAGGAUUUUCAAUAUAUAUAUAUUGGUUGGGAAAUUUUUUUUUUUGAGAACGAGAGUGAAAUAGUAAAAAAAAAAUGUUUGCCAUUUUUGUAAAUAGAAAAGUAAUAUUUGAAGAAGAUGAUGAAAAAGAAGCGUAAGGAAAACAAAAAAAAAACAUUACAAAAUGUGAGAAGUGAAGAGAGAAUUUUUUGAGAAAUAGUAAUCAAGAUAGAAAUGAUGAAAUUUUCUGUAUAUAAAGUGCAUGUAAAUAAAUAAUACGGUACACAUUUAAAAAUUACACACAAAGUUUUGCCGAUUGAGAAGCUCUGGCGUGAAGUGAGCUACGCGAAGAGUGGCUGCGGCGGCUGCGGUUUCCAGUGUCUGAAACAUUCAACGGCUGCGUCUUGACGUUUGAUCGGUGAUUUGGCGAUGACAACAUUUUGAGCGUAUUUUCCGGGAAAAUCUCUGUGAGAACGUGAAGAAAAGUGACCAAGAAUGAACUACAAUGCCAAUGCAAACGCCCGGCAGCGUAAGUUUGAGAAUUCUGCUGGCGGCGUCCGGAAGCCCAAGAGAGUGAGUGACACCAACGCCAUGGGACCAGCGGCUCCGUCAACCAGCGCUCAGUUCAUGUCAACUCCUCAGCAACAACCAGCCUUUGGGGCAGCGCCAGGCGGUGGAACUACACCAGGUUACGGUCCAUCCCAGGGAAUGCCUCAAAAUCUCCCCCAGCAGCAGUAUCCCAUGCCCCAGGGCUACGGAUUUGACCCCAAUGUGACGCCAAGCAAUUUCUCCCAAUAUCCGGGCAAUUAUGGGCAGAAUCCGCAGCAGAUGCCGCAGCAGCAGGUGCCUUUCGCUGGUGGUGCGCCCCAAGCGGGCCCCGGGGCCGGCUUUCAGGGACAGUUCUCGAUGCUGCAGCAGCCAAUUGUCCAGGACAUGGCGAUGCAGUAUGGCCAGAGGCUGGCGGAUCAGGGCAAGGAGCUGGUGAACAGGGAGUUCGAGAAGUACAUCCCCGUGACGCGGCUCAAGUACUACUUCGCCGUGGACAACAAGUACGUGAUCAACAAGCUGAGGCUCCUCUUCUUCCCCUUCACCCACUCCGACUGGUCGCUGAAGUACGACCAGGACAAUCCCGUGCAGCCCAGGUACGACAUCAACGCCCCAGAUCUGUACAUCCCCAUGAUGGCCUACAUCACCUACGUUGUCCUCGCCGGACUGGUGCUCGGGAUGCAGGAUCGCUUCUCACCGGAACAACUGGGCAUUCUGGCGUCCAGCGCUCUGGCUUACAGCCUCUUUGAGCUCAUCAUCUACUCAGUGACUCUCUAUGUGGCCAACAUCUCAACAUCGCUCAAGACGCUCGAUUUGCUGGCGUUUUCCGGAUACAAAUUCACCAUCAUCAAUUUCUGCCUCAUCGUCAGCAUUCUAUUCCGCAAGUCCGGCUACUAUGGCGCUCUGGCGUACAGCAGUUUCUCCCUGGCCUUCUUCCUGCUGCGCAACAUUAAGGCGAAGGUUCUGUCCAACACCCAAACUGCUCCGGCAACUUACGAUCCGUAUGGGAAUCAGCAGCAAUUCGACCAGACAAUGGGUCACAAGAGGAAGCUGUACUUCCUCCUACUGGUCGCCGCCCUCCAGCCGCUCCUGGCCUUCUGGCUCUCCUGGCAUUUAAUACCAAAUCCCUCGCCAGAGCUGUCAGGGUCGGUUUAGGACACCCUCUUCACUCACCAUUUGUCGUCUUUUUACUACCCUUGUUCUCGGAGAGCGAAUAUAAUUACAAAUUACACAAAUUAC